AGGGCCAAUGGAUUGAAACAGGGUUGACUUUGCAGUCAUAUAAAAUGAGAGGACAGAAAUGUAUCAAUUCAGUGUAGUAAGCAACUUGGACAGCAACACGACAUCUACCAUCAGUUGUACUUCACAUCGUGUUUUCUAACUCUAAAAUGAUGACUAACUACGGCGCGAUGCUGCUGUUGGCUGUCGUUACCUUGAUGGCUGGAAAGGCCUGGGGGGGACCGAUGGGAUUGUCUUCUGGGUACUACACCACUCCGGCGCCUUACUACACAACGACGUAUGCAGCCCCCAGCUACUACACCACCAAGGCUCCCGAGUCCUACACAACGAAGAAGGCCGAGUAUUAUACAACAACAUAUGCUACUCCUAGCUACUACACCGAGUCACCUAGCUACUACACGACCAAAGCGCCAGAAUACUACACCACAGCAUCCUACUACAUCACUACAUAUGCUGCUCCGACCUACUACACUGAAGCUCCCAAGUCCUACUCAGCUCCAAGCUACUACACUGAGGCUCCGAAAUACUACACCACUAAGGCGCCGGAGUACUACACAACGGCUUACGCUGCACCAAGUUACUACACCGAAGCCCCCAAGUACUAUGCUGUCCCCAGCUAUACUACUACUACCGCUGCCUACUACACCGAAGCAGAAGCAACCAAGUACUACGUAGCUCCGACUUACUACACUGAAGCCGCUCGGUCUUACUACAGUGAGCCCACUUAUUACACAGAGGCCCCUCAGUAUUACUCCACCCCGUCUUACUACACCGAGCCCAGCUACUACACAACAACAACUUACUCCACCCCAGCUUAUUACCCUGAAGCUGCAAAAUACUACUCGGCACCAAGCUACUACACUAAAGCCCCGGUUUACUCUGCUACAUAUGCCAAACCAAGUUACUACACCGAUGCACCACAAUACUACACUGCCACUUCUUAUUAUACCACUAAGGUCCCCGAGUACUACGCUAUGGAAAAGGCCGAAUACUACCCUUCUACUUAUGCUGCUCCAGUUUACUACACUGAGGCUCCUAAAUAUUCGGCUCCAACUUACUACCAGAACGAGGCUCCGAAGUACUACACCACUAAGGCGCCUGAAUACUACGCGCCUUCUUAUGCUACCCCAAGCUACUACACCGAAUCUCCCGUCUAUUACACUACGACUUACUCCGCUCCCGAGUACUACACCACCAAGGCUCCCGAGUACUACACCACCAAGGCUCCCGAGUACUACACCACCAAGGCUCCCGAGUACUACACCACCAAGGCUCCCGAGUACUACACCACCAAGGCUCCCGAGUACUACACCACCAAGGCUCCCGAGUACUACACCACCAAGGCUCCCGAGUACUACACAGCUCCAAGUUACUACCAAACUGAAGCCCCCAAAUACUACACCACAAAAGCGCCAGAGUACUACACUACCACUUACUCUGCUCCCAGCUACUACACCGAGGCUCCAGCCUACUACACAACAUAUGCAACCCCAUCCUACUACACUGAGCCACCAAAGUACUAUUAAUCGUUAAAAUUGUGUUGUCCAUCUAGCUCGAUGAAGUGUCAAUUAGAUUUUGUUUUAUCAUUGGCGGUCCUCGUUCCCAAUUCAGCAUUUCUUUGAUAUAUAUUUAUGCAUUCACUAUAGUCGCCGCUCCAUACGAAUGGGGUUCUUCAAUGAAAUCUUGAAUACAGAUGUAUAUCGUUACCUAA